GUCAAAAUGUCGUUUAAAUUAAGACGGUGUGGUGGAUCGAUUGGGUUGUUCUCGUUCGACUGCUUGCUUCUCAACGGGCAAAUUCCACAAUUUAGGGUCUUUAAAAACCACUGUGUAUCCAAAUGAAAUAUCCACACGUCAUAGUGAAUCAAACAGUAUAACUCAUCUUUAGGAUUAGACUACCCCUCAAGGGAACGUUUUAUUGGAAAGUAGCUUUGCUAGAAGUUCAUCAAAUAAAGCCCUGAACUGAGUAAGAAGUUCGAUUUCUUGGAACACAGCAGCGUGGUAGUUUAAAGGUUAAUGUGAUGCUUUACUAGAAGGAAAUGGUGUGCGUAUCCAACUAUCGUCCAACAUAAAUUUUCUCUGAUGCAAAUGCACAAUGGUGCUAAACAGUGGUAAGCAGGACAUUCCGACUUAAACGGAUGUUGAAAAGAUAAUCGAGUGAAAACAGUAAACUGCAAUGUGCCAGACGCAGGCACCCCGGUCAAAAUCACUUCGCUGAUUUUACUUUCCCGUCCCUUCAUCUAUUGACUUGUUUUCUCUAUCAUACAGCAUGGGCUAGCCUCCCCACUUGGGUUCACGUCUCUCUCACUCUUGGACUCGCUCUGUGUAUUAGCUGACAGACUGACGCCGUGACCUACCCAAGCGUUUCUUGAAGCCCAUCUUUGCAAGCACCGUGGAAACUGAUAUUUGAACUGCUUGAUUAUCUAUUCGCCGCUCAUCCAUUUCUUUAAACGCACGGAUCAUUUGCACUUCCCUGACGUCCGUAAUUAUGCAAUCUGCCUAUUUUACUUGGGAUUUUAUUUGAAAUAGGCAGCAAUGUGUUGAAAGGAUUGCAUCUCCUUUUUCGGGACUGCAAGUGUGGGACGCACUAAUGCUGGACGCCGGGUGGACGUGGUUUUUCCUCUUGCGCUUUUAAGCAAGUGUCUGGAAGAGGGAUGAAUACCGUCAUUUAAAGCCAUAUAGGCUCUUCCCCUGUGGGGUUACGCAAAUUUGGGUAUACUGUUGACCAAACUGAAGAAGUCGGAAACCGGACUGCCGCUUUGGGGUGAGAUGCAUAACUAUAAAUAUAAUUAAUGAAUACAUAUAUUUAUAAUUCCUUGCCGCUCCAACUUUAUUGGCGUUAGAUUAGCACACAUAUCUGCGCCAGAAAAAAGAGGGAUAUCAAAUUUAAGCCUAAAUCCGUCGCCCUGUACAGUAAAUCUCAUUGAUUCCCAUCUUCGAAGAACUUAGUCUUCAGCGUUGUGGUUGAUAGCGACUAGAGCGCCCCUUUCAAUUUCCCAUGGUGAUAUUUUUUGGUCGCAGUGCAACUUUCGAAAAAUGAAAUUGACAGGAUCUGUCCACGCAAGGCGUAUGAUUUUCAAGGCGCUCACAUGCUACCAAUAACGAAGAUUCAAGGACAAGAAUGUGUCAAAAACUGUUCCUGGAAUCGUCUGUUUCACAUUUCGUCGCCUAACUGGGGAGAGUGGAUUAAGUUGCUCAAAACAGCCCAGUUCUAUGCGUCCAAUACUUGUUUACUUACCACGCUGGUUGUGAGAAGCGCAAAGGAGGAAUGCUGAUCCGAGACAUAUUGCCGCUCAGCUUAAGUUUUUGGCCUUUUCUGUUUGGUCAUUGCUUUUUCACGUCAUUUUUACUUUUGUUUCAGUUUACUCAGGGGGAACUUCAAAAGUCAUGCUCGCGGACUAUUGUGGAGAAGGUGGGAGAAAACUGCCAGUUGGCGUGCCAGUGUAGACCCUAUCCUCCUCUCCCACCCCCGCCUCCGCCGCCACCGCCCCCCAGACUACUGGUCAGCACGGUGGCAGAAACUAAUGUGCCCCAGCUGAAGCCAUGGUGGAAGGAGAUAGUAGUAUUAGGCACUGUUGGAUGUGCCUCUGUGGCCUUCCUCUUGUUAAUUGUCAUUAUCUGCUACAAGGCUAUAAAGAGGAAACCACUGCGGAAGGAGGAGAACGGGACCAGCCGGGGGGAGUACGCUAUGAGCUCCCGCAACAAGAAGACCGUGGACACCAACAACGCUGUGGUGUAGAGGACUCGCAGACAAGAAGCAGACAGAUCACAACAACCACCACAACUCCCCCAGGCCCCCUCUCCACCAAACCCCGGUCCGCGAAAAAGCAACGAGGGUGGUAACAUAAAUUUAAUGCACCUUGCCAGUUGUGCUCAUGCACGUCGGCUUCGCUAGCAAUUUAGAAAAAUAGAGCCAGGAUAAGACAGGGAGAGAAGAGAAGGAAACACCGUGUGGGGAGUGAGACAGGCUGAGCUCUGAGGCUCUGAGCCUCCUUAACAUGCAAAGCUGGACAGUGCCAUUCUGAACAGGAAGUCGUGUCAGCUGAGGAAGGGUUGACAGCCGGCGCCGUGGAAGAUGAACCUGUCAAUCUGCACGGCUUCCAGAAAUGACACCUCAGAGACACUUUCAAUGAUGGGAACACUUAAUUACAAUAACAAGAAGAAGAAAAAACAAUGCAUGCAGUUUCCAUGGAAUGCAAAAACCCUCUAGAUUUUUCCACGUCUCUGUUUUUCUUCUUGAGUUCACAUUUUAUUUUGUAGCAGUUUGUUUUUGCGGCUUUGUUGAUUGUGUUUUUCAUACUAGUACCCCAUAUUGUAUUCAGGUCCUCUGUCUAAAGUCAACUCCUGCCGCAUAGCAUUUCAAAAACACAAUGGUACCCUCUGCCUGUUCGCAAAAUAAGAGCAUCAAAAGUGAAUGCCCAAGUUCAGAUUGAAAUGGGUUGCUUCCCGACUAUGCAAUUUAGAAAGGGAACAUAACGGUAACCAAAUGUGCAGCGAAGGGGCCUUCUUCAUAACAUUACUUUUGGGCACUUGGCACUCAGUUUUCGUUUUUACAUAGUACCCACUUAUACAGUCUGACACAUACUGCAGAAGUUAACUACCUUACUCAAGGUAACAGCUGCCGUCUCCUACUUGAGAAGCAAACCUGCAAUAUCUGGGUUACAAGCCCAGUUUCCUUACCAUUAUACUCCAUUACCAUCUGUAUGUGUGUUUUUUCAGAAACAGUCUUACACCUAAAAUAUGUUUAAAUUCUUCAGACCUUUUGGUACAUUUGAGCAUGUGUCGUUAGAUGUAUCUCAGUUGUAAAUUAUAAGUGCAUGCACAUGCUUCUAAAUAAAAAAAUUUAAAAUGACACCACAUUGCCAUAUUUGGUAAGGGCGCAAAACAAGUAAAAUAUCACCAAAAUACCAAAUACAGUGGUAUUGAAGGAAUGUAAGAAAAUUGUUUUGCUGCGCCCUGAGUUGGUUUUAAAUUAUAUUUAAAUUAUUAUUUAUAUUAAAUUAUAAUUAUAUAUUAAAGUGUCAAUGGGAAAUGAGGUUACUUUAUUAUCUAAAAUGAUUGUAGACCAUCCUGUAGACUACUUGUAAAUUACAAGGUGGGUUAUAUUUUUUCAAAUUUCAGCACAUAUAGGAAAUAAAAAAAAUGGCAGAAGGGCUCUUGCCUUUGGAUGAGGGAAUAAGCUGUAUUAUUUGGGAGCUAUCAUUGUCUAGUAUUAUUGCUAACUGUAACAAUAAUCACCCCCAUCUUAUCGAGUAAAUACUAAUGUGUUUUCUUAAAAGUUUCCCCCCUUAUACCAAGGCCAAUUUACCAGUUGGGUCAAAUUUGUUCUGCUCCUUAGCAGAGAGGAUCAAUUUACAUGUGACAUUGUGAAAUAUGUAGCUAUUUAAUGCAUGUGCUAAGAAUUUCAGAAAUUCCCCAUAAAUAUCCAGGGAACUGUCCGUUAGUGAUAUAACUAGUACUGUUGAUAAAAUCUUGUCAUACCAGGCUUACAGCUUAUUCAUGCUACUGUAGCUACGACUUGGUGGCAUUAUAGAGAAAAUGGCAAAAAUUUAGAGUACUCUAGUUUUGGCAUGAACUGUCUGCUGUGUUACAGCAGUCCAUCCAAAUACCAUUAUACAUCAGGUGGGCAGCUGCCGGAAAUAUUUAAUCAUGCAUUCACUUCUGUAUUAAUAAUAAAUCUGAUACUAAAAUAUAGGUGCACCUUAUAUCACCUGUAAUCAGAUCUGAUCAGGAGAUGGUAAAUUUGGUAAAUGAGGCCCAAGGAAUCGGUCCAUAAUUGAAAUGUAAGGAACUGUUAGGUUUUCACUGCAUUUAACUGUAUAUUUUGCCCCUUGUGUCAAUACACAAAUAAUUCUUUACUGACUGAAGACUGUUAAUUAUUACCCAAGGCUACUGUUACAGCUAUCUUAAAACCCAUUAAUGUUUAUUUAUUCCAUUGGUUUAUUUUUUAUUCAUCUGUAAAAUUGUGGCUUUUCUUUGACUAAGUUAUAAGAGUGUUCUUAUUGUUGUGUCUAUGUCAACUCUUUUUUUCAGUGUAUUUGUAAAUAAUUCCAUCUGAUGUAGUGUCCUAGUACUGUACACCCUGCUUCAGUGAACUAUGGACACAUUGGAUAUUGGUCUGCUUGCUUGGCUCUGUGAGAUACCAGUGAGAAGCCACCUGCGGCUUUUUAGUUCACAUUUUAUCAUACAUUGCUACAUCAUCAGUAAUGUAGAGGUGUGUGUGUGUGUGUGUGUGCAUGCAUGUGGAUGUGUGUGUGUUGCUCCUGUUGAAGAGUCCAUGAUAGAUUUUUGCCCAACUAAUGAAAGGGUGAGAGAGAGAGAGAGAGAGAGAGAGAGAGAGAGAGAGAGAGAGAAAGAAACUAAGAUUUGCAGCAGGAAGUGCAUUGUCAAUUUCUUAAUGUGAUUACAUGAUGAUUCAUUUUUUUCACCUGAGGGUGGUCCAUCGUCAUAGAAACUGAAGAGAGAUCUGACUAAGGUUGUUGGAGCCGGGAAUCUGAGCAAGGGAAGGUACAACCAGCUGCUACUUUGGGAUGAUAUGUGAAUAGAAAGACAACACUCUUAUAGCAACUUAUUUUCUACAGAGUGAGAUUGCACAUCUCUACUUGUGCCGUAGAUUAUAAAUGAGCAUUGACACGAAGAGAAAAGAAUGAUCUUUCUCCCUUCAAUUAUUCAGUGACAUGCAAUUCAACAUAAACGGUAUGUUAUUAUACAACAGCUUGUGCAGCCUACAGUAUUUAUAAUUAAAUUUAUACAUUGGUUGCAAUUUGCAUGGCAUUUAAAAAUUUAUCUCAUUCUUGUAGAAAAUUAGCUGCGCUUAAAUUUCAAGCAGUUGAUUUUUGGCUGUAACUUUGCCACUAUAGAACCUAUGGUAUCAAUUUUUUAGCCAUAAACUGGACUUGAGAGAGCCACUCUCCCAAAAUAAUGACAACACACUAGAUUGUGAAAUGACUCACCAAUGUAUUCAGGACCUGAACAGAGCCUAUUCAUAAUAUUGUUCAAUUAUGUCAUCUUUUAGUGCAACCAGCAACAAAAGCCCCUAUAUUGAUGAAUACACAUGGCAAGAAUACAAAAGAAAUUUGGCUAAACAUUUUGCCUGUCUGAAAACAGCUGUAAAUGUAAAUUAUAUAAUUUUCAACUUGUUCUUCUUUAUUUUGACCCUUGUGGGCUGUAGUACUGUAGGACUAAGGCAGUGUUAGAGGUGUGUAGGCGUGUCCAAUUUACUGGAUUACAUCGCCCUAAAUUCCUCUGUUUAACAUGCUUAUUAAAGCAAGAGAUGGAUUUAAAGCCAAACGUCAUGCAUUUCACAAGUAUAUGAAAUAGAACAAGUAGUCAUAUAUAACUUCAGCCCUGCUGUAGCUGACAUAGAAAAUGAAACAUUUUUACAGCACGGAUUUAAAAAAAAUUACACAUAAAAUCAUAUUUCCAAGCUUUUCAAAGUAUAUACAGUAAAUCCCUAUUUAACCUAAUAUUCUGUGCAAACUGGGUGAAAUGAAUCUCCAUUUCAAGUAACAGUGAUGAUGUCUCUUACUAAAAUGCUAUAAAUUAGAGUGAAUGUGUGUAUAUGUGUGCCCAUGUUAUGCAUACGGUAUGUGUGUGUUUCCCUGUUGUAGAAUAAAGUGCUGAGUGUGCAAGCACAGACCUUGCAUUGUGACAUGUACUGCAUAUCUACAGUGUACCCAGCAUCUGAGCAUACAUCUGUAUCAUAUUAUGUACAAUACUAUAACCUGAAAAAUAAUGCAUGAAUGUAAAUAUUAAUAUAAAAGAACGGCCUUCUUGACUGUCUAUCACAUGUACAGAGUAAAAGAAAACAUGUUUAUAGGGAAAUAUAUAACAACAGAACUUGUUGAUAUGCUACAAAUCAGAAUUAACUGUUGUCAUGUUUCUGGAACAAGCCAUUAAUGUAUAUUUUGGUAAAUAAAGGUUGUUGCACAAUGUA